GGUUAAUAUAUACAUGUGCUAUCUAUAUUAAUAAGUGAAAUUCUUUUCCCUUGGAUGCGGAUUCAAUUCCCGGAAUACUACGACGGAAUACCUCGGUAUUGCUAUAUGCCUACAUGUAUUUUGUAGGUAAAAGUAACCCAAAACGCAAUUGUUGAGCCGACUUACAUAAGAGACAAUUGCAUUCCAAAGUUCUUCUUCUUCUCUGCCAAGUACAUGUAUUACACAUACAUUCGUUGGAAUCCUGCAAACAUUCACUCAUUCACUCAUUGACAUCUCACCUCAAUCCUCCGACCUACCUCGGCGGCAAUUAACUUGUUCACUUCCAACAUCAAUCAAUCCGCUUGCCUUAAUCUUAAUUGGAAUAGACUCGAACUAUGUCGACGUCUCGCAUACUCAUCUCUACCUUCCGCAUCGCCACUAGACGGGUUGCGCGAACAUCUACGAGUCGGCCGUUAGUAGUGCGCUCAGCUGUCCGGAGAGGAUACGCGAGUAGUGCCCAUGGCGGCAGCGCAGAGAAUUCGAGCGAUAUGCCCUGGCUCAUCGGUUCCGCCGGCGCCACCGUCGUCGGCUUAGCAUGGCUGCUCUCAGGCCCAUCGCAGAAACCCUCCGCACACAGCAGCUCCCACGCCGCGCCUUCCGAGUCCGAGUCCGAGUCUGAAUCCGACACAGCAGCCGAAGACUCGUCAUCCGAAUCAUCAUCCGAAUCAGAACCCCCGACCCCACCACCAUCCGAAGCCUCAGAACCCGAAUCCCCGCCGCCGGACUCCGAACCCACGCCCCCCAGCUCGCAGACAGGACAACAGGUGCCUCCUCCGCCAGCAGACAACACCGCCCUAGCGACAAACUACGAGGAGAAGAAGGAGGCGCACAAGGAGUACAAAGAGAUCAUCGAAAAGAAAGACACGCGCGCGGCGGCGAGCUCGAGCGAUGUGCCGAGUAAGAAGACCGCGGCGGAGCACCCGCGCGAGGACCCGCAGAAGGGGGAGGGCGAGGGGGCUAAGAAGGGGGGAUCGGAGUGAGUGGUGUCUCUAACUCCUAGCCAGUUAAGAUUUACUAUUUGCCUGUGUUUGAAAAGAGCAGAGCAGAGAUAGGGGAAGUGUACAAGUACGGAAUUGCAUCAAGCCAUCCCGGGAUACCACGCAGCAAAAGGGAACGAAACCGGGGGAGUAGGGAAAAUA